ACAGUCACAUACUCACUCAUAUAUAUAGGCCGCCAAUCCCAGACACACCUCAUCAACGGAGACUUGCUCGAACUAUCUCACUCGAAAAAUCAAGUACCCAAUUUCCAUAAUCAGUAACAACAAAUUUAUUUGUCACAAUCACAUCCAUAAAGAAAGACAGCACUUGCCAUUUGAGGAUGAGACCGAUGAGCAGAAAUCCAUCUGAGAGGAGUGAUUCCAAGUACAAGGGCGUGAGGAAGCGAAAAUGGGGCAAGUGGGUGUCCGAAAUCCGGCUACCCAACAGUCGGGAACGGAUUUGGUUAGGGUCUUACGACACGCCGGAGAAGGCGGCACGGGCUUUCGACGCCGCCCUUUUUUGCUUGCGCGGCCGCACAGCGAAGUUCAAUUUCCCCGAUAACCCGCCGGACAUCGUGGGCGGGAGGUCUCUUACUCCGGCGGAAAUCCAAACUGCUGCAGCACGGUUUGCGAAUUCGAAUCCCCAAACAAGUAGUAGUUCGGGAGCCAGAAUAAGUCAUUCGGAGCCCCGGAAUAUUCAUUCGGAUCGUUCGUCAUCGUCCUCCGGACUGCAUACCGAGUCUCCAUCACCGUCUCAUUCGGUUUCGGAUGGAGCAGUCCAUUUGGAUAGUGAAACGGGUGGACUGGAAGGGUCGUUCUUGGAUCUAUCUACGAACAUGGGUCAGGAACACAAUGUGUCGGAUUAUGGUAUAUUUCCGGGUUUUGAUGAUCUCUCCAGUGAUUUUUAUGUUCCACCAUUGCCUAGCGUUGAUUAUGGUGAUGAAAAUUGCGAAGGGGUAUUUUCGGAACAAUCAUCAUUCCUUUGGAAUUUCUGAGUUUUUAGCCAAAUUCCAAUGGGUCAGAAUUCUGGAAAAUUUUUUGGAUGCUGGGAUUGCUGACAUUUUACUACCAAAUGUUUAUUUCUGGUUGCGGGUGUGCCACUUUUUGUACGGCAAUCCUUAAUUCUUUACACUCUAUUUUUCUCUCAUCUUUUUCACAGAGGAACAAUUUUUAGUUCUAAAAACUCAAAUUGUCAACCAUAGAGUCAAAUGGUGUAGAUUUUGUACCAUGUCUAUUCUUUUCCUAAUGCAAUGAAUAAACAAGUAUAGUUUCAAAUUUUCAUCUAAUUGAUGAGUUAUAUGGAUAUUAGUGCUUUUUUUUUUUUUUUUUUUUUUUUUUUUUUUUUUUUUGUGUGUGUGUGCACACAUAUAUAUUAGCUUUUGUAUUUGUCAUCACUAAUGAGAGAACUUAAUUUUAUAAACUCA